GGAGCAGUGCCAUCGGUGCAUGCAGGUCCACCUGCAAAAUCUGGCGGGAGUGAAGAGUCUAACGUUAAUGUUAGCACUAGGAGAGAAUCUGCGCGUCGAAAAAGGGAGCUUUGCACAAUUUUGGGAGAGAGUGCUGCCAGCAAAGACGGUGGCGGUGAACUGCCACUUCAGAUCCUGAAGAUGAUGGAGAUGGAGACAUCUCUACAAUGGACCCUGAGCCAGAAGUGGUCCAUCGUGGAUCACAGUGCAACAUAAGAUGUUUACAUCGUUCAUUAGGUGUUCAGGAAAAGCCUCAGAUGGUGGAUGUGGGGACUCCACUGGCCAGUCCUGAACAAAGUGAUGAUGAAUGGUCAUUUUCUGAUAUCAUCAACCAUUCUGGUGAUAUGUCAUGGAGUCCAGGGGAGGAGAUGUUGAGCGAGUCCUCUGAGGAGGAACCAGAAGAGCUGGAAUCUCUCACUGACCCAAAUGCUGUUGACAAGUUCAUUGUUUGCCAGAGGCAGUUGCUGUCCUUGUUCACGGUUUGCUCUGCAUGCUGCGGGGAAACCCAGGGACACAUAAUGCACCCGGAAGGAACUUUCAUAAAAGUCAAGCAGGCCUGCGGAACUUGUGGUUAUGAGCGUUACUGGCAAAACCAAGAGAAGGUGCAUCGAAACAUGCCUGCCUGCAACCUUUUACUCAGCGGUGCCAUCCACUUCUCAGGUUGCAUGGCUUCUCAGACAAUCAGGAUGCUGAAGCUGUUUGGACUGCAGUGCAUAAGUCCUGGCACUUUUUUCUGCCAUCAGCGCUAUUACUCUAUCCCUACCAUCAUGCAGGCCUGGAGGAAUGAGUUAUCACUUAAAAGUAUCGAUACUAAUAAAAUUAGUUUUUUUUUCUUUUUUUCUCAAUUUCAGGAAAUGAUGACAGAAUGAAUAUGGCUAAAAACUAAUGCAGUCUUGUAUAGCAGACCAAAAUGUUAUAGAUUGAUAACAGCAUUACAUAUUGUUUGCAAAAAAAUAAUUGCAAAGAUGAGUCAUUGUCUUAGACCCAUUUGAACUGAAAACAUUAAUGUCAUAUAUUUAUGUUGCAUUUCACUGCAUUGGGUUAGCUUUGGAGACCUAAUGUUCUAACUACUUAUCUCGUACAGACUUCUCUUGGCAGCCCUACAUUUCAAUAGUAAUGGCAACAGAGAUGUAGCACGAACUAGUGAGGGUGAGGGACGCUACGCUGUUCGCUACCCAUGGUUUCGGAAAGGUGGCUGGGUAGUACACCCCAUCAAGGAGAAACCAUCUUACGUAUACGCAACAAAUCUUAUGGUCUCUCUGGUAGAGGAAUACUGCAAGACACCGCAGGCCCUCUGCUGCACCGCCCCCCUCACCUCUUCCGUCCAGAAGGUUGCCAAGGAUGAGGCAGUCAGCCUCCAUCUCGCACGACACUCACGUUUUAACAUGUAAUAAAAGAUCAAUUUUACCAGUAG